ACGACAUCUCAUCCUAGCCCACCAUGACUUUUCCUCUAUCUUCCUUUUCAAGCAUUCCUGAUUCUCAAAAACUCUUCGGUAGCUGUGUACCGAUCAAUUGAUGCCAAUCCCCACCAUGGCCGCAACCACGAAUCCCCUCCACGGCACCCACACCCCCUCGGACCUCCCAAUCUCGACCGAAACCUUCACCAUCUCCGGCCUCACAGUCGAUGUCCACGGCCUCUCGGAGCUUUCGCCCUCCUCAACCUGCAUAACGGCCCUAUGGCUCCUGCAUCCCCGUCUCCAAACAAGGGAAACCAUGCAUCCGCUCGCCGCUCAAAUCAUCAAUACCUACAACUCGCGAAAAGAGAAAUCUACAUCUAGGGGAUUAAUAGCCAUCACCUUUGACCAACGCAACCACGGCACACGACUCGUCUCAAAGCUGCACAAUGAAGCCUGGCGGGAAGGCAACCCGAGACAUGCCCAGGAUAUGUUCUCCUGCUACCACGGGACGGCGUCGGAUACUUCGCAGUUGAUAUCGCACCUGGAGUCGUACAUCUUCUCGGGUCCCGACCAUCCCCAACGGAUAACGCAGCAUUUCGUUCUGGGCGUAAGUCUAGGCGGACACGCAGCGUGGCACUGUCUCCUCUCGGAACCGCGCAUCACGGCAGCCGUCGUUGGCAUCGGGUGUCCGGAUUAUACGCGCCUCAUGACGGAUCGGGCGAGACUGUCGCGUCGCAAGACGUAUACCGAGUCCUCUCCUCCGGGGUCAAAGUUUCUGGGCUCGGAGGACUUCCCGCGCGCGCUGCGUGAUGCAAUUGCAUUGUAUGACCCGGCCGGAUUGCUCCUACCGGACUCAUUCUCGCCUGCGAAACCCUCCGAAUUGUCGCCUCCACCCAACCAGGAUAAACUGGAACGUAUGCGCCGACUUUUGAAGGAGAGACUACAGGGGAAGCGCAUCUUGAACCUGAGCGGGAAGGCGGAUAAGCUCGUGCCGUAUGCAGCCGGUGAACCGUUUUUGAAGGUAUUCAAGCAGAUGAUUGGCGAAGACCCGAGUUUGGAUAUCCAGAUGGAGGACGUGCUGUUCGAUGGGGUGGGACAUGCGUUUCCAAAGGAAAUGGCAGAUAAGGCUACGGAUUGGAUUUGUGGGCUGUUAACGAGAGAUGAGGGUCUGGGAGUGAAGAGCAGCAAGAUAUAGGCGGCAUUCAGUCCUGAGGAAGAGUUAGAUUAUGUGUAACUUCUUAGCGGAGCAGGUGUUACGCAUUUUGACAAAUUUGGAAGUAUCAAGACAUAGACACUGGAUCACGAUAGAUUUGAGUUUAUUUCAUUUUCCAUUAGGGAGUUGGACGCUGUGGACGAAC